AUGCGCCAUCCCUUCGCUAACGUCCAGUACUACGCAAGCGAAUUACGAUUUGAUGAUACUUAUGACUCCGAGGAUGCUCCCUCCUCCUCGAACGAGAAGUCUCACGUCCAGCGUGCCCUUGAUGCGGCCCAGGUCGUCAAACGAUCCCGCAGGCUAGCCGUGUUGCUCGGCGGACAAGAGUCUGGCUCCGCGGUCCCCACCUAUCGCCCGGGUGGUACUGUCAACGGGUCACUGGCUAUCCUGAGCCCGUCCGAGCUGCUUUCAGUGCACGCAGUGGUGCAUGGGUACAUCAACAUCAGCGAAAUCGCCGGCGCCGGGCGGGCCCUGACGGAGGUACUUCACGAGGACCUCUACUCAUGGAACGCAGAUAGCGAUCCUCCCUUGCCUUCGCGGAUCCCCUUCCGAUACACACUCCCUUCCCAAUACACCGUUCCCAACUUGGGCGACCGCCUUCCGCUCCCACCGACCUACCAUGCGUACCUGUCCGGUAUCCCCGGCUUCACCGUCCAUGUGUCGUACCACAUAGCGGUAGAUAUGCUCUAUACGAAGCGCCAAGGACCGUCAUGGCGAAAGCGCAGGUGCCUGCGUGUGCCUCUCCAAUUGCAACACUUCACUCGACCCGCCGCCAGGGGUCCAUUCCGCCUCAGUUCGGAGCCAGACGCGGCUGGCCCGCGCACGAUGUUCAGGCUCCACAUGCCAUCUAGACAGACUAGUCGCGCACAGAUAGAGACACAUGUAUUCCUACCGCAAUCACAAAUCUGUAGCCUUAAAGAGCCCAUUCCUUUCUUCGUAACGUUAUUCGGCAACGAGGCGACCCUCGCGCCCUUCCUAUGUUAUGUGCCGUCCCCGGCAUCCUUCCAUCCCUUGUCGUCACCUUCAGAAACAUCCAUAGACUCGCUGCAGCGAGCUCUCAAGCUACGCCAGAGCGCAGCUACCUGCCCGCUCCGCAUUGUAAUACAGAGGACCACAGCGGUCGACGUGGAUCGCACCGGCGUCCCCUGCGUCGAAGGCCAAGUCGGUCAGGACUUUGCUUCGAAAUGCAUCGGGCAAGGUGUGAUCCACAACGUCAGCAGAGGACCAAAGUCAAUCACCUGGGCGGGUACCAUUACGGUCAAUGCGGACGUUACCUCGGGUGGAUUCGCAGCAAUUGGUCUGAGGGUAUCGGACAGCAUCGUGGUCUCUAUCAAGCCGCCGGAAGUAUCACGAAGCCGCUGGAUGCCACUGUGUGAGACGAUAGCGGUGCGACUCACCACGGAGUCGUACGGGUGCUCCGCCGCUGUGCCCGUCAGCAGCGUCGUCUGA